CCCGGAGACGGUGCCGGAGAAUCCGAAGAUGAUGAUACCACUAGAACGGAGCAAAUGGAUGGUAUUAGUGGCGACGAUAUGGAUACAGGCGUUUACGGGUACGAAUUUCGACUUCCCCUCUUAUUCAACUCAAUUGAAAUCCGUAUUGGAAAUCAGUCAGCUGCAGCUCAAUUACUUAUCAAUGGCGUCGGAUUUCGGAAAGUUGUUUGGAUGGUGUUCUGGUAUUUUCUUAUUGUAUUUUCCGACAUGGAUUGUCCUUUUCAUGGCGGCUUUCCUUGGUUUGUUUGGUUACGGUCUUCAAUGGCUUCUCAUUCAGAGACUCGUCUCAUUUCCGUAUAUCAUGGCGUUUCUUUUAUGUUUGUCAUCCGGUUGCAGUAUCACUUGGUUCAACACGAUCUGCUUCGUUUUAUGCAUCAAAAACUUCCCGGAAAACUGGCCGCUUGCUGUAUCUCUUAGCGUUAGUUUCAAUGGAGUAACCGCAGCUCUAUACAACCUCAUCGUCACUAAAAUAAGCUCGGAUGCUAAAAAUGGUUCAUACCUUAUACUAAACGCUUUUCUCCCUUUAAUCACAUCGGUUGCAGCGCUAAUCCCGAUCCUUCAACAACCUUGCUCGCGGAAAAACCUUCACGUGGAAAACGCAGCCGACAAAGAAGAUGCAUAUACAUUUGGGUUUUUGUAUCUAUUAGCAGCCGGUACGGGCCUAUAUCUAUUCUUUCUAGAUACAACGUCACAAAAUAUAUUCAUCGUGGCAACGUUGUUGUUGGUGCUUCCGAUGGUCUGGUUGAAAUUUCGGAUUUUCCUUUUUAACGAGGAAUUGCGUUCAGAAGGGCACCCUGUUGAAGGACCGAGUUACAGUUUGGUCGAAAUCAACAAUUACGAAGAGCUUUCCGAAGAGAGUUUGAGUUCUAUCUCGAACCAAAAGUCAUUUGGUUGUCGGGUUUUCGAUAAAAUGAUUGAGAAAGAUCGAGUAACGGUGAUUGGUGAGGAACAUACGGUUAGGAUGUUGGUGACUCGAUGCGAUUUCUGGCUUUACUUUGUUGCGUAUUUUUGUGGGGGUACUAUUGGACUAGUUUACAGCAAUAAUCUAGGCCAAAUAUCGCAAUCACGUGGGUACGUUUCCGAGACCAGAUCACUUGUUACGAUCUAUUCUACGUGCUCGUUUUUUGGUCGGCUUAUUUCGGCUGGGCCGGACUUGGUUGGCGGCUUUUACCCGUCAAAAACGUAUACAAAAAGAUACACAACAACUAGGACCGGAUGGCUAGCUCUUUCGCUCGUGCCAAUGCCCAUCGCUUUCCUCAUGCUAGUUCUCUCCGGCACCGAGAGUGCGUUGAGUACAGCCACAGGGUUGAUAGGAAUCUCCUCCGGGUUCGUAUUUUCAGCAGCAGUUUCAAUAACCUCUGAGCUUUUUGGUUCAAAAAGCUCGGGAAUCAACCAUAACAUCCUCAUAACCAACAUUCCGUUGGGAUCACUACUAUACGGCGCUCUUGGAGCUGUAAUUUACGACAACCAGAUCAAAAGCUCGGCGGAGGUGGUGGUCGUGGGUGGAUCGAAGGUAUGUAUGGGUCGAAACUGCUAUAACGAGACGUUUGGGUGGUGGGGUUGCGUUUCGUUGUUCGGUUUAGCCGCCAGCUUUCUGCUGUUCUUGAGAACUAAAGGUGCUUAUCAGAGAAGACAUUGGAUCUCAAGGGUCUGAAAGCCCGAUGUUAAUAUAAUUUACAUGAUAUUAUAAAGCAUUUGAUAAAAAAACUGUUAAAAACAGCUUAUUAAGUAUUAGAUAUUGUUUAUUAACGUAUUCCAGAACUCAAGUUUACAGUUUAUCUAUACUACCUUAUAAACCA